CGACUGCAGCAAAAGUCUUUUUUUUUCUAGAAAGUGAGCUGCGGAGAUUUACUCUGCGAACUAUGAAGCUUUCUUUUAACAAUUUUCACUAACAGCUUCAACCGAAACACAGAAGUGGGACUUUUCCAACUGAGUGUUUGUUGUGUUUUUCGUCGUUUGUGGCUGCGUUUGCCUCUUUUUUUUCUUUUGGAAAAGUUUGGGCCGGACGACAACAUAUUCCAGUGUGGAGCAGAUAUGCGCUUUGUUACAACUAUGCCAGCAAGAAACAACAGGAAAGCGCUGUGUUUCACUGCAGAUUUCACACACUUUGGAAGACAGUAAACUGCUCGUGUGUUAAACUUUAGAAUGAUUCGGGAUAACUUUUACUGAGUGGCGUCGAUAUUUCCUGCCGCGUGAAGACAAAAAAAAGUUUGGGAUUGACUCAAAUUUGUUUUUGUGAGUUUCUGAACGCGACAUUUUUGGACUCUUAAAGUUCACAGACUGUUUUGGGACAAUGGAUCCGAGCCAGCACAACCCUCCUGCCGGACACCAGAUCGUCCAUGUUCGGGGCGACUCGGAGACCGAUCUGGAGGCUCUUUUUAACGCCGUGAUGAACCCGAAAAACACUAUCGUGCCCCCCUCCGUACCCAUGAGGAUGAGGAAACUGCCAGACUCCUUCUUCAAACCUCCUGAACCAAAGUCCCAUUCCAGACAAGCCAGCACUGAUGCUGGGAGUGGUGGAGCACUCACACCCCACCAUGUCCGUGCACACUCGUCCCCGGCCUCCCUGCAAUUGGGAGCUGUCUCUGGUGGCUCCCUGUCUGGCAUGGCCCCACCAGGUGCUUCCCCUCAACAUCUCCGUCAAUCUUCUUAUGAGAUACCUGAUGACAUGCCGCUGCCACCGGGAUGGGAGAUGGCCAAGACCGCCUCUGGCCAGAGAUACUUCCUAAAUCACAUUGAUCAGACCACCACUUGGCAGGAUCCUCGCAAGGCCCUGCUCCAGAUGAACCAGGCCGCCCCGGCCGGUUCUGUGCCAGUCCAGCAACAGAACAUUAUGAAUCCAGCCAGUGGUCCUCUCCCUGAGGGCUGGGAACAAGCUAUUACAUCAGAGGGAGAAAUUUACUACAUCAACCACAAGAACAAGACCACAUCCUGGCUUGACCCACGACUUGACCCGCGCUUUGCCCUGAACCAGCAGAGGAUCACUCAGAGCGCUCCCGUCAAACAGGGAGGGCAGCUCCCUCCAGGAAUCAUGGGAAGCAACAACCAGAUGAGACUGCAGAUCGAGAAGGAAAGACUGAGACUGAAGCAACAGGAGUUGCUCCGGCAGAGACCACAGGAGCUUGCUAUAAGGAAUCAGCUGCCUACCAGUAUGGAUCAAGAUGGCAGCACAAACCCUGUGUCCUCCCCGAUGGCCCAGGAUGCCCGGACCAUGACCGCCAACAGCUCUGAUCCAUUCCUCAACAGCGGGACCUACCACUCCAGGGAUGAGAGCACAGACAGUGGCCUGAGUAUGAGCAGCUACAGCGUCCCUCGCACUCCAGAUGACUUCCUCAAUAGCGUGGACGAGAUGGACACAGGGGACCCUCUUCCACCCUCCAUGGCAACACAGCCCAGUCGUUUCCCCGACUACCUGGACGCCAUCCCGGGGACAGACGUGGACCUGGGCACCCUUGAGAGCGAGAGCAUGGCGGUGGAGGGCGAAGAGCUGAUGCCUAGUCUCCAGGAGGCCCUGAGCUCCGACAUCCUCAAUGACAUGGAGACAGUGCUGGCAGCUACCAAGAUCGACAAGGAGAGUUUCCUCACAUGGUUAUAGAAGAUCGAGGCAGGGCGCUGCUUCCUCCUCUUGCCACACUCUGAACUGCUGCCACUCUAAUCUGUGAAGGAGUCAUAAAUGCUUUUACAAGACAUUUCAGCGAGCCUCUCCGGAAGUCUGUCUCUGUCUCGGCGUGUAACCUCUUUUGGGGCAGUAUUGUUCUUUUCUUUUCACUGGUGUGUUAUCUCUUUAUUUUGUCUGUGUCUUCAAGGCUGGCCCAUGAACAGACAAUUACGCAAGGGUCCCCAAAAUCUUUCACAGAAAUGUCAGUGAAUCUAGGGCAUCUUUACCUAGAGCAGGGGUCGCUCCUUCCCCUGGUCUCCCCUCAUAGCUGCCCUAGGCGGGUGCAUGCGCUCUUCUGCAAGGACUGCCAUCAUCACUUAUCACCUGGAGUCUCUGGUGCCUCUUUUUCCUGCAACAUAGCGUGAAGCAGCACUACCUAACUGCAUUCGGGACUAUUGCAUCUAGCUUAAGUAGCUUUAUAUUUGGCCUUGUACAUUUUUAUUCUUUUUUUGUUUGUUUUCAAUGAGCCUGAGAAACCAAAAAUGAUGUAUUUGAAGCAUAAAGAACAAUACUGAUUUGGAGUAAAGGUAAUGUGAGGCCCAGUUUGGACAUGUUGGCUUUGCUGCGGCGGGGGGACAGGGCGGGGGGUGGAGUGAGGGUUGGAGCCUGGGGACCGACUACAUUGCUGCUUGGCUGUGCCAGCAAGUCUAAGUUAAACCUUUAAUAGAUCAAGUGCCUUCAGUUGUAUUUUUUCGAGACACGAGCAACACGAACAAUUACUUUCUGUAACACAGCAAUAAGCAUUCGGCUGUAUUCAUUGACAUCAGUCACACUCUCCUCUUUCUAAUGUUCAAUAAUCCAAAUUUUAUUUUUGUUUUAUACACAUUAUAAGGGGAUUUAGGGAUUUCUGUUUGUUUUUUAAACCCUAGCUUCUAAGUAUCUCAGUCUUAUCCAAGCCUAAUUCAUCAUUCACUCUUUUUUAUCUUUUUUAGUAUUCUUUUAUUUUUAGGGUUACUACAUAUGUAUGAUAGCUUAGAUCAAAUGGCAUUUUGCUUCUUGUUUUUUCUUUCAUAGAUGAAUUAAUGCAUUUUUAAUAACAGGGUCAACUGUUAUCACAGCACAUCACUUCACCAAGAUGAAGUCUGCCAAGACAGAAUGAUUCAGUUUUGGCUUCUUUUUUUUUUUUUUUUUUUUAACCAUUUAGCUAAUUCUCUUCUCGUCUCUGAUUUACUAUAUACAUAUUAGUGUUAUUGUUUAUUUGUUGAUCACAUGCAGCUUUUAAACUAUGUUUCCUAAACAUUAACCAAAAAGGCAGAUUUCUUGGCUAAAUGAACUACAGCUCUUUGAUCAACUGAACCUUGUGACAGUAUACAAGAGUUACGAGUCUUCCUAAAGAGGGAGCUGAGCCCCUCAGCGCAAUGCUGCGUGUUGAAAUGAGGGUUUUUAGACCACAGCUUGGACAAGUUUAAGCAGGUUUGUCGAGGGGGUAGUGUAGAAGGCCAGGGUUUGACUGACGGCGGUGAGUUGCGCGGAUUGUUGAAUUUUUUUGUGAAAUUAUUAAGAAACAAUCAGUUAUCUAAGUCAGGAAUUGUUGUGGCAGAUUCCAAAGAUGUUUUUGUUAAGACGCUAACACUUAUUUUUCCAUUUUCACCGAGUCCAGAAAAAAAUGUAAAUCAGCCUCUGUAUGAACACACUGUAUAAGCUAAUGAGAAAAUGAUGUAGGUUUCAAGUGUUAAUGGACAUGUCAAAAUAGGUCUAGCUGAGAGAUUCUUUUAAAAAAAUGUUUUAGAUGGUUGUUUUGAGUGACUAACCCUGAGAUUUUAAGGAUGAGGUUUCAGAACAGAGAAGUAAGUGAUUUUUUCUAUAAGCGCUCACAUGUUUACAUUCUCUCUGAGUGAGAGACUGCUACAGCUGCAGUGGAGACAACACAGCACACUGACAAUUAUCUCGUAAUCACAUUAAUUUCAUGUUUACACCGUGUCUACAUCUUUGCAUUACUGCAGUAACCUUUGAAUAAUCAGCCUGCCGUGCAUGCCCUUGGUUGAAGCCUUGUAGGGUGUCACACUGUUGCUGUUGCCGACCGAACUGGUAGCAUUAACUUGAUGGAACAAUUUUUUUAUUUUAUUUUAUUUUUCUUAGACCAGAGAUCAUGAAAUUUUUUUUUAUUCUGUGUGAGAAACCUCUUUUUAGUUUUGAUUUUACUGAUCAUUAAAUCAUGUUGAUGAUGGAUUAAAGAUGGAUAAACAGUGUUGGUGAGAACAAUGCAACUAAAAUGAGUGGUACACUACAGUGCUUGUAUUGCACGGCUACAGAGUUUUCAUUUUGAUGCAAUGACGCAUUUUGUCACACAAACCUGAUUUUAUGCUUACUUAGUGUGUAACUGUCAGAGCAUAUUAGCUGUUGACUGUCAUUGUAGCAGUAGAACUAAUCACACAAGUUAAAGGAUUUUGUGUUUAGAAUUUUCUAAAUGCACAUGAAAUGAAUUUAUAUUCAGUAAUGAUCUGUUCAUUUUUUGAUAGAUAUGUGCAUGUGUUUUAGAACAAUAAAUUCUGUUACAUUAUAUCUUGCUUCAUAUGAUACUUUAAAAUUGGCCUGAAAUAAAGUAUAUACUUUGUGGUAAUA